AUGGCAGCCUCAGACGACCAGGCCGCCGACGACAACGCCCUUCCGACGCUCGAGACAACAUCAUCAUCCUCUCUCCUCCCCUCGACGGUCUCAAUUGAGGCCGGUCCCCUUGAUGGAGUGGACUCAACGCAGCCGCAGGAUGUAGCAGCCGGAUCGUCCCUCACUGAGCUACCCUCAUCCUCAUCGUCUCAAACGCAAGCCGACACGCAUGCUCUCACUCCGUCCGCAGCUGCUGCCGAUCCCUCAUCCUCGUUAUCGAGCCUGGAGCCAGUGGCUACGUCAGCUCCUGUGGAUCCGGCCAGCAGCGAUAUCGGUGCUGUAGCAGGUUCUUCGCAGCCAUCAGACGUCGGAUCAGUCGUCGUAGAGGAUCAGCUUCCGUCAUCGUCAGAAGCGCAGCCAUCAAGCUCAGCUGCGCCCAUCGCAGAACCUCUUCCUCCGACGGCCAGCCCACCUCCGGAGCCACAGCCUUCACAUUCGGAGCCUCUACCCCCGGAGGAAACGAAGGACACCAUUGUUACUGCUGCGCUCGAGAGUGGUGCAGCCGACUCGCAAGGAUUCAAUGUCGAUCCAGUAGUAGGCCAAGAGGAUGGGGAAAAAGGAGAGGAGCACGCAAUUGCUGAUAGCGUCGACGAGGGCUCUACAUCGGUGGUCGAAGCUCAAGCUGGCACCACGGGGGACUCAGUGGACGUUGCUGAUGGCUCAGCGUUGGACGAGCAGCCUGUACCGCCUGUCCUGGAUGCUACCAUCCCUGCGCCGAAGGAGGCUGGCGACUCCGCAGCGAAGGCACAAGAGGCAGAGACAGAGAUAAAAGCGCCCGUAUCACACGCCCCAGGGUCCGUAGCGAGUACAUCCGAGGCAGACUCAGCCCAUUCAGCACCUCCCCGCGUAGACCAAAUCGUGGUGGCAUCUCCAGAGAAGUCACAACCCUCGGCGCCGCAGACCUCAAGUGCGCCCAUAGCGUCAGAAGCCUCUUCGUCCGCUAUUCUGCCAUCAGCCGUACCCCCUGCGGAAGCUGAUCCCGAGCUCAAGACGACGUCAGAGCCCAUCGCAGAGCCCGUGACCCAGUCACCUUUACCGACGGUCGGCGACCCCAAGGAGGAUGAGAAGAAGGCAGUAGCCCCAGCUACCAACUUGAACAGCUCUGACGCGCCCGCAAAGAAGGAGGAGCAACCGCAGGUUCCAGUCGCAAAGAAAGAAGGAGCACCAGCCACUUCCACGAAUGGGCAGGGCCAGAGUAGCACAUCGUCCACCGCAGAGAAGAGCGCUGACAAGGAAACGAAUGGACGAACAGAGACCGCACCCACGCCUCCUGCGUACACGCCUUCCCUUGACGAACAAAGGCUUUCUCACCUCCUCUUCGUGAACCAAGAGCUCAUCAAGCUUUGUGUCGCCCUUCAAAAGAGCAGCGAGGCUUCGCCAGACCUCUUCCGCGAUGUAUCUCAUCGCCUCCAGACCAACCUGGCCUAUCUAGCCAGCGCCGCUGAAAGCUCUGCUGGACCCAAUCGCAAGCAGCCGUCACCGCCGCGAACAGACGUCUUUCCACAUCCGUCAAUGGCAGAGGCUCUUCAACGUUUUGAUCCUGAUACAACUUUACCGAAGCUCUACAUGCAGCUCAGUAAGCUCUUCGAAGGAGUCGCCCGUCCGGUGGCUCCACAGCAGCCUGCUACGCAGCCGGCAUCAGCAGCUCCAUUGGCGGCGCCGGCGCCAGCCAUGGACCGCAAGCGUAGCCGCGACAGCAGCUCAACGAGCGAUGAGCCAUCGCACAAGCGUCCGGCUGCUCAGAACGGCACCCGUCACGCAAGCGGCUCGCCUGCCCCUUCGUCUGUUGGCUUCGCGAACCCAUUCGCGAAUGGCUCGGCCGGUGGUCCUGCCUCAAACUCCUCGCCUUCUUCAAGACAGAGUCCAGGCGUAACGCUGUCCUCUCAAACACAGCAGCACCACUCAAGCCCGAGCAAUGGCUCCCAACAAGGCCAGCAACCUACUGCCGGCCUCUCGCCACAGCAAGCUCAGCAGCUGAUCAAUGCCUUUGGACCCAAUGCCGUCGGCACUUGGCGCUUCCUGCAGAACUAUCUGCGCUCGCCACAGUGCAACCCUCAGUUCGCUGCCCUACCGCUGCCCGUUCAGAUGCAGCAGAUUGCUGCGCUCCAGCAACAGCGCCAGCGUCAACCUAGUCAGCAGGCCGCCCAAGUAGGCGCACCACCUCAGCAGUCAGGCUCACCAGCGCCGCCCUUCCAGCGGGGUCGCACUUCAUCUUACGCUAGCACAGCGGCUGCGUCACCUGUCCCUACUCACGCUUCUCCCGUCCCGGAUUUCAUGCCUCCUCCGCCCGUACCAUCGGCCAUGUCGUCCCACAACGGCAUCUCGUCAGUCGAGGCUGCUCGAGCCUCCCCUGGCCUGGCUGGAAAUCCCGUGAGCGCAAUGAUGCGUCAUUCUCAGCAGCAGCAUCAACAACAUUCAUCCACGCCAGAGAUGCCUCAUGCCGUACCUACGCAGGUGACGAAUCCCUUCGCGGCAACGCCAGGCAAUGGCAGCGCCGGGAUGCAUUCGUCCUCGUCCUCGCAGACUCCUUUCCCGCAAAGCAGCUUCGGUGGUCAGAUCAGCGGCAUGGAUGGCCAGAACCAGCACUUUCAGCAGCUUCAAAUGCUCCAGCAGCAGGCUCAGCAAGCUCAGCAACAGCACCAGCAGCAGCAGCCCCAGCAACCUCAUCCCCAGAUGGCGCAGCAACAGCAACAGCUCCGUGGUGCCAAUGGUACGGGGAUCAAUGGCAUCACCGGUGGAGGCAUGGGCGGCGUCAACCCCGUUCAGCUCCCUGCCCAUCUUCAGCAGCUCUUCGCACAGCAGCAGCUCCAGGCCAAUGGCAGCGGCGGCAACGGAGGCGGCCAGAUGGGAGGUGGUCCAAUGACAGGUUGGAACGGCAACUAUUCAGCCACAUCAGAUGCCAUGGGCUUCAUGAUGAGCAACAUGAGCGCUUCUCAGCAGCAGCAGCAUUCCGGUCAGCAGCAACAACGGCAACCCUGGCAAAAUGGCGUGGGCGGCGGCGGCAUCAACCCAGCCAUGCUCGGCGGUAUCAACCCUUCUCUGCUCGGUCAGCAGGCGAAUGGGGGCGGUAUCAAUCCAAUGCAUCUUCAACAGCAGCAGCAGCAGCAGCGUCAACAGCAGCAACAAGCGCUUCCCAAUGGCUUUGCGGGAGGCGUCAACUCGUCGUGGCCCGGCAUAGGCUGA